AUGGUAGUAGGGGAAGGUAUUAAGGCACAAUUAGCUCAAUUGACUGUACAAUCCACUCUUCGGCAGAGAAUCGUUGAGGCACAAGUGAGAGACUCUGAGUGGGAAAAGAUACUUAACGAGAUGGAGACAAAACCAGCUGAUGGGUAUUCCAAGGCAUCUGAUGAAAGACUGCUGUAUCAAGGUCGGUUGUGUGUACCAAUGGUAGAAGAGUUGAGAAAUGAAAUAUUAAAAGAAGCGCAUAGUUCCCCAUUCGUCAUGCAUCCGGGUGGUACCAAGAUGUAUCAAGACAUUAAGCCACACUUUUGUUGGCGUGGAAUGAAGAAAGAUAUAGCAGAAUUUGUCAUAUGUGUGAUUGUGGAUAGAUUAACAAAGACAAUACACUUCCUCCCUGAUAAAGCCACCUACACCGUGGACAAUUGGGCACAGCUGUACAUGAAGAAAAUUGUCAGGUUGCAUGGAGUUCCAGUGCCAAUUGUAUUAGAUCAAGAUCCACAUUUUACUUCAGUUAGCAGGGACUCCAGAAAUCGUUGGGUACUCGCCUAG